GAGCCAUACUCAGCUACCAGUCCAUGGAGGCCCUAACUCUGAAAGAGCGCUUUAAACAGUCCUGGAGCUCCUUCAAUCGCAUCUUGCCUUCACUUCGCGCCAACAGCGUCUCCCUGAAGUAUCGAAUUCAGGCGGAGCGACCCAACUACACAAGCAUGUCAUACGUCAGCUUAGGUCUGUUGAUCCAGAUCUUUGACGGCGGCCCCUCCUCUGACCUCCAGGAAGUGGCGAGCCAGGAGAUAAUGGGGGCCAUGGAUCAGGCCAACCUGCUGUCCUCAAUGAUGCGUCGAGCGGCGGAGCCCAUGGUCCCACAGGAGCUUUCGACGGCGAGCACCAGGGCGAGCACACCGAUCCUUGUGACGGACAAGGAUGCAGUCGAGGUGCCCUCGGAAGCUGCCCCCUCCCAGAUGGAGACCUCGGAGCCCCGGGACAAGCGUCCGGUGGAGACUACGGAGGGCAAGGGCACGGGGGAUCAGGAGAAAUGGCCGCGGCCCUCCGCCAAAGGAAAUGCCAGGACAUCCGAAGCUGGCUGGCAGCGGGAUCACAGGUCGCCGGAGCAAGGCCGCCGCAGAGGAGCCCAGGACCGCACGUGGCACCAGCGCGACUGGUAUGGCCGCUCCAGACGCACGGACAACCAGAGCCAUGGCCAGCCCGAUGCGGAGCGCGAGAAGGCGGUCUGGAACCUAUGCCUCAGCAUGGGCCGUCUCCUGUUACGCCACGAGGACCAAUUGGGGAUAAACCGGUCCCAGGACAACUACAUCAUGUUUGCCCAAUGCCAGGGCGUCCUCUCGAUGGUCCCGGAGCUCUACACCGCCACGGUGGCUUGGAAAACCAUGAAGAAGGAGGCCCCGGAGCAGCUGACGCUACCCCUCCGAGCCUGGCUGAUGAAGCAUUGGGUGGAUACAAUGCUCAAGCGCGUGAGCAUGAUCAUGACCAGCGAGGAAACAAUUCAGCAGGCGAAGGAUAUGCUUAUCCUGGACGAGCAAUGCAAUGUGCCGUACCUCGAGUGGGACUCUGGGGAACGCCGCCUGAGGAUCAAGCGAGACCGGGACCCAAUGACGCUGUCCCAAGUCCUCGAGCUCCUGAAGGAGAUGCAGGUCUUGGUUAUCCAACCAAUGACCAUCAUGAGGUUCCAUGCCACCCGCGAGCUCUGCCAAGAAAUGAAAGCGGAGGUGGUGCCUCUCAUGUUGGAGGUGGGGUCGAGGACGGCCGAAUGCCACCAGCUCUGGAACCACCUCCAGAGGUUGAGCCACAAUGCGGCGUGCCGCGUCGCAGCGGUCUCGCUGAGGAGCGACCGCAUGGGCCGCUCGGCCCUGGGAGUGGCAGUCCAGCGGAUCAUCGACGAAAUGUGCGGCGCUUACGCAUUGCUAAUCCUCUAA